AUAGAGCUCUACCUACCCUUCAACUAACUAUAAUCUCACCGACGACAACCGCACUUGCACUUGCGCCUUACACCUUACCUUACACACCCGACCAGUACGUACGAUACAUCUUCGAUUCGCCAACAAUCAGCAAAAGUAAAAAAAUCGAUCUCCCGGGUCCCGCGAGCGCAACUGUUCCGAUUCGGUGCGACGUCGACAAGAGACGGACCGUAGCGAUGGGUGUCCCGGCGCGGCCGGGGAGGUAUGGGCUCUUGCCCUAG